AUGCCUUCGCGAUCAGAGAUUGCUUACUUCGGCGCUGGUCCUGCCCCUCUUCCAACUGCUGUUGUUGAGGCCGGCGCCAAAGCCUUCGUCAACUACAAUGAGAGUGGCCUGGGACUAGGGGAAAUCUCCCACCGAUCUCCAGCCGCCAACCAGAUCCUCGCCGAUACCAAGGCAGCCCUAAUUACCCUGCUCGACAUACCGGAGAACUACGAGAUACUGUUCCUUCAAGGCGGUGGAACAGGCGAGUUCAGCGCGGUCGUACAAAACCUGGUCAGCGUCUGGGUUGAACGGAGAAGGCGCAAAGUCGCAGCUCAAUUCGGCGACGAUGAGGCUAAAGUCGUCGCAGAAUUGAAGAGACAGGUUGACGAGGAGUUAAAGCUGGAUUAUAUCGUCACUGGAUCCUGGUCCUCGAAGGCAUCUCAGGAAGCAAAGAGAUUGGUUGGAGAGAAGUUUGUUAACGUUGCUGUUGAUCCGAGAGCAGCGAAUGGCGGGAAAUUUGGGACGAUUCCGGCUGAGGAGGAAUGGAAGCUUACCAAGACGAAGAGUGAAGGAGGCAAAAGUGCACCGGCAUUCGUGUACUUUUGUGACAACGAAACUGUGGAUGGUGUCGAGUUUCCUGCCUUCCCAAAGGUAUUGGAGAAUGCGCAGGAUAUAAACGAGGAAGAUGAACGGCUAGUGGUGGCUGAUAUGAGCUCCAACUUCCUCAGCAGGAAGAUAGACGUGAAGAAGUACGCUGUGAUAUUCGGAGGAGCUCAGAAAAAUAUUGGUGUUACAGGGGUCACUCUGAUCAUCGUCCGCAAGGACCUUCUACCUCCUCAUACCGCCACGCCAUGCCCGUCUCUACUCCGCCAGCUUAAUAUUGGCGGGCUUCCAGGGCCCAUCGUCAUGGACUAUGCGAUCACCGCCAAGAACAACUCCCUAUACAACACGCUUCCAAUCUUCACCCUCUGGAUUGCCGGUCAAGUUAUUGCUGCCUUGGUCAAAACUCACGGCGAGGCUAAAGUCGCGGGUCAGGAAGACAUUGUGGAGAAGAAAACCGCUCUUCUCUAUGGCGCACUCGACAAGUAUCCCAAGGUGUAUCAGGUGGUUCCCCACAAAAGCGUACGCAGCAGGAUGAACGUCUGCUUCCGUGUAUCCGGAGGAGACGCCGAGAAAGAGAAGGAAUUUAUUGCUGGCGCAGAGAAACGCCUCCUUCAGGGGCUGAAGGGUCAUCGAAGCGUUGGCGGCAUCCGAGCCAGCAAUUACAACGCCGUUUCACUAGAAAAUGUGGAAAAGCUGGUGCAGUACCUGAAUGACUUUGCCAGUGCAUAUUUUUCUGGGUAUGGCAGGCCAUAA